AUGGACCGAAGUCUCGACCAAUGGGACGAGAUUUCGCCAUUGCUCCGGUUUCUUGUUGUUAUCGGAGUGGUCGAGACACUUGCUACCAUCUUCUAUUUCUGUGUCACGCUGUGGUGCCUGGCCAGACACAAGAGGACGAUUGACGAUGAGAACCCUCCUAUCAGGACCAAAGAAUCACGCGAUGUCCACGGCGGCAAAUAUCGAGCAUAG